AAAAUUUUGCAGAAGCAUUUAAUGGUGUUGGCUUUCCAUGACUUCUAUCACAAGCAAUCACAAUUAAUGCUACCUAGGGGCAUUUCCGUUAUUUCCAUUUGAAAGUUAUUAUAAAUUGUGAUAAUGUGGGAUGCCCUAACAUAUCUGCAACGAAGGGCUUCGGGUUUUGAAGGUAUGCCCAAUUUUAAUGAUGCAUUUGCUUCAUCCCCAACGUUGGAUAUGGUUGACUAAAUGAUGGAUUAUUUUUGUCUUUGUAUUCGCGUAGUUUUCCUUUCAUGUUUUAAUGAAGAAUAAUGCUUGCCAGUUCUAUGUGUUCAUUUUCUUAAUGUUCACUUCCUCUUCAUUUAUUCUUUUUGUCAACAAGAACACCGAACAAUGGAACCUUGGGAACAACUAGAUAUUGAUGAAAGUGAUCUUGAUGGUUUCAUUCGACGUUGCAAUUCGAAUAAUAGUGUCAUUCCGGGCCCUGCUGGUGUGGUUCAGGCUGCAAUGCUUAACCGCCAGGUCAAUGAAAACAUCCCCACACAAGAAUUCUUAGGUAUCAUAGAAAAAGUCAGUUUUGAUCGUGACUUCACAUCCAAUGCUUGGGUAUGGGCUGAAAAAUUCAUCGACAUCCAUGGAUUGUUGCUUAAAUAUGAGGUUGAGCAUAUCUCAACCCUUGAUUCCUUGAAAGGAACUUUUAAGGUGUCCUUGUUGCGAUGUCUUAUUAAAGCUCGUGAGCAUAACGGAUUGGGAGACAUGAAAAUAACAAUUCGGGAUCCAACAGGGACUGUAAAAGCAAGUGUUCACCGCAAGGCCAUUGAUCAUCCUGAAAUAGGUCCCAACUUAAAAGUUGGAAGUGUAAUAAUCCUACAAGAUGUAAGUAUAUGGUUUGUGAUGAUAAAUAACUUAUUAAAUUUUUAUUCCCACAAGAGUAUAUGAAGUUAACCAACAUGGCAUUUAACAGGUUGCAAUUUUUGCACCAAUGCGCGGAACAUAAUAUCUUAACAUAACUCUUAACAAUGUUGUGAAGGUAACGUUUACAACUGUUUUCUAUUGUUGUGUUCUAUAUUGGUUGUUGAUUUUUUUGACCACUUUGAAUGGUUCUCUCCAUAUGUGAAGGUUUUUGCAAGUGAUAUUGGGCGGCCCACUGAUGAACUAGUUCGUCUAUCAAUACCCAUUGUUACUAAGAAGCUUCCAAGUCGUUUCGUUGAUGACAUCCUUAGCAUGUUGACUCCACCUGUUGGCAAUGACAAACCUGAAGGCAGUAGAGCUAACAACAAUAAUUAAAAGUGGAAGAAACUGAGGACUUUCGUUGUUUGAUGAUUUGAAUUAUAGUUUUAUCCUUGUUGUGAGUUUCAUUUAGGGUUCGUUUUUAGAAGGCUUUGUUAUGUAGUAUUGAUAGUGAACUACCAAAACCACCUUCAUUAAUGUGUUGUUAGAUAAUGUAAUGUUUGUUAUGUUAUAAGUUUGAUAUGAUGUUGUUGUUAAUUAAAAAAAAUUAACUAUGUGUUGUUAUGUUCCUUCCUUAAUUUGUUG